UGGGCUGGUGGUAGUGAGGCACAGAGCGGGUAUCCCGGCUGGCAUCUGACCCCGGACUGUGUCGCGGCCCCGCGGAGCCCGGGUGGAGCCGGGCUCGCUUCCGGCCGAGGACAGGGCGGCCACCGCGCCCCGUGCUCAGGUUUCCUGCUGGUAGCGCGGCCCAGGGCCUCGGGUAGCUGCGGGUCCUCCAGGUAGUGCGCGAUCCCGCUGCGCUGGCCGCUCGUGCCCCGCCAGCCCGGCCACCCGGGCCCUGCUGCGCAGCACUCAGCUCGGUCCCCGGGAGCUGCGGGCUCCUGCCGGGCAGGCACGGGUUGCAAGCGCGGCCUGGUCGGGUCCAGCUCCACGCGCUCGUCCGCACAGGCGUCAGUGCACUGCAGCCUCUGCCCUGUGCGCCCUGCCUGGCGCGGCACCUGCGCUCCAGCCCGGCAGCCAACCCCCAUGGCCCUGCCCUCCGAACCGGCCGAGAUGCCGCGCCAGUUCCCCAAGUUGAACAUGUCCGAUUUGGACGAGCAAGUUCGGCUGUUGGCGGAGAAGGUGUUCGCUAAGGUGCUCCGAGAAGAGGACAGCAAAGAUGUCAUGUCCCUGUUCACUGUCCCUGAGGACUGUCCCAUCGGGCAGAAGGAAGCCAAGGAGAGAGAGCUCCAGAAGGAGCUCGCAGAGCAGAAGUCCGUGGAGACGGCGAAAAGAAAGAAGAGUUUCAAGAUGAUCCGGUCACAGUCCCUGUCCCUGCAGAUGCCAACACAGCAAGAUUGGAAGGGCCCUCCAACCAUCAGUCCGACCAUGUCUCCUGCAACCCCUCUGGUCCCUGGAGCCGCUUCCAAGCCUGGGCCAACACCCUAUGCUAUGCCUGAGUACCAGAGGGUCACUAUCAGCGGAGAUUACUGUGCUGGGAUCACCGUAGAAGACUAUGAACAGGCAGCCAAGAGCCUGGCCAAGGCCCUGAUGAUCCGGGAGAAGUAUGCACGGCUUGCCUACCACCGUUUCCCACGGACUACAGCCCAGUACUUGGCUCAGCAGGGGGAAAGUGUACCUUUGGAGGAGGGUCUUCCAGAAUUCCACCCUCCCCCACUGCCCCAAGAAGACCCUUAUUGCCUGGAUGAUGCGCCCCCCAACCUGGGAUACCUGGUCCGCAUGCAGGGAGGCAUUCUUUUUGUGUAUGACAACCAGACAAUGCUGGAACGCCAGGAGCCCCACAGCCUGCCCUACCCUGACCUGGAAACCUAUACCGUGGACAUGAGCCAUAUUCUCGCACUCAUCACCGAUGGCCCCACGAAAACCUAUUGUCACCGGCGACUGAACUUUCUGGAAUCCAAGUUCAGCCUUCAUGAGAUGUUAAACGAGAUGUCAGAGUUCAAGGAAUUGAAGAGUAACCCCCACAGAGACUUCUAUAAUGUGAGAAAGGUGGACACGCACAUUCACGCGGCAGCCUGCAUGAACCAGAAGCACUUGCUGCGUUUCAUCAAGCACACGUACCAGACAGAGCCGGACAGAACUGUGGCCGAGAAGCUAGGUCGGAAGAUCACCCUGCGGCAGGUGUUCGACAGCCUGCACAUGGACCCCUACGACCUCACCGUGGACUCACUGGAUGUCCAUGCGGGCCGGCAGACUUUCCACCGCUUUGACAAGUUCAACUCCAAGUACAACCCGGUGGGGGCCAGUGAACUUCGGGACCUGUAUUUGAAGACUGAAAACUUCCUGGGAGGAGAGUACUUUGCUCGGAUGGUCAAGGAGGUGGCCCGGGAGCUGGAGGACAGCAAGUACCAGUACUCAGAACCACGACUCUCCAUCUAUGGCCGAAGUCCCCAGGAGUGGCACAGCCUGGCCCGCUGGUUCAUCCAGCACAAGGUCUACUCCCCUAACAUGCGCUGGAUCAUCCAAGUGCCCCGGAUCUAUGACAUAUUUAGGUCAAAGAAACUAUUGCCAAACUUUGGGAAGAUGCUGGAGAACAUCUUCCUGCCCCUUUUCAAGGCUACCAUCGACCCCCAAGAUAACCGGGAGCUUCACCUCUUCCUCAAAUACGUGACAGGGUUUGACAGUGUGGACGAUGAGUCCAAGCACAGUGACCACAUGUUCUCAGAAAAGAGUCCCAGUCCAGACCUCUGGACCAGCGAGCAGAACCCACCCUACAGCUACUACCUGUACUACAUGUAUGCCAACAUCAUGGUGCUGAACAACCUUCGCAGGGAACGAGGCCUGAGCACGUUCCUGUUCCGGCCUCACUGUGGGGAAGCAGGCUCCAUCACCCAUCUAGUGUCCGCCUUCCUGACUGCAGACAACAUUUCCCAUGGGCUCCUCCUCAAGAAGAGUCCUGUACUGCAGUAUCUCUACUACCUGGCUCAGAUCCCUAUUGCCAUGUCUCCUCUCAGUAACAACAGCCUGUUUCUGGAAUAUUCAAAGAACCCGCUUCGGGAAUUCCUGCACAAGGGACUGCAUGUCUCGCUCUCCACUGAUGACCCUAUGCAGUUCCACUACACCAAGGAAGCACUCAUGGAGGAGUAUGCCAUCGCAGCCCAGGUGUGGAAGCUGAGCACAUGCGACCUGUGUGAGAUCGCCAGGAACAGCGUGCUGCAGAGCGGCCUCUCGCAUCAGGAGAAACAGAAGUUUUUGGGACAGAACUAUUACAAAGAAGGACCAGAGGGCAACGAUAUCCGAAAGACGAACGUGGCACAGAUCCGGAUGGCCUUCCGCUACGAGACCCUGUGCAAUGAGCUCAGCUUCCUGUCCGAUGCCAUGAAGUCGGAGGAGAUCACAGCCCUGACCAAAUAGGCGCGGGCACCACACACGCUCUCACCUCGGGUUUCAAGUCUGCUGGGGCUAAUGGCGGCCAGGAUCUCACUAGGGCUUUCGUCUGUGUCGAGGCUGCCUCUGAAGAAAUCUCAAAUCCCGAUUUUGGUUGCACUUUAUAAACAUGCCUAUUCUGUUAGCAUUUCUGAGCCAGACGCUGGCCACCUCCCGGGGGCAGGGGAGCCGGGAGCCGGCACUUGUGUAUACUUGUUCCUCGUUUUCCACGUCUCUCGUGUGAUUGCAGUGCGUAUAUGGUUGGGCCCGAAUGUCAAGUGACUUAGGCCGGUGUGGUAUCCGCCAUGCUCCUCUCAGCAUCUGAUUGGCUGGCUGCCUUACACCCCCUUCAACGUUCCCUUUCAUAAAGGGGCUACCUUGAGAGAAAAUGAGGGUCUCCUGUUGAUUUGUGCAGUUUUUAAAAAUGGGGUUCUUCAUGUUUAGCACCCCCUUCCUUUCUCGUCAGGAAGCCUAGUGUACCCACUGAUGCCGUCACUCCUGUCGUGUUAGUUCCCUCAGUUAGGACUCGGUGAGUCACCACAGACCGAGCUCUGUGAAUCCAUCCCAUGGACCACUUUAGAGGUUCUGGGGCUGUUCACGCCAUAGUUGCCUUUUAAUGAAGGCCCCCAAAAAGCAUAGGACCAGAGGACCUCUGUUCCUUUUGAUUCUAAUAUCCUAUGAUUGUGACUGCUACCACCUUCCCCUGGGAGUCAGAGCAGGGCAGUCAAACACUCUGAAGGACACAGGUCCCUGAUUCAGUCUUUUCCCUACUCUUCCUUUAGGCCUCACAAAUGUUAGAUUUUUUUUAAGUUACUUUAAUAUGGUGCAUUUUAUUUGAGAGCACAGAUUUCUUCAGAAGCUAUCAUGGUCCCAGGACCAGGCAGAAAAGUUUUUAAUGUCAGUGUGGUGUUACACUUUAUCAGACCACUCAUCUCUGUUACUAGUGCCUAGAACACAGUAGGUGCUCAAUAAAUGCAUAUGAAAGAAUUGAACGACUUCCUCUUUUAGUAUCUGUUACGUGCAGAAUACUCAACAAUGUUCAGACUUUCCUAGCUAUUCACAAGGCAGAAGUCCUUCUGUAUCAUUGUUAAAUGAACCUAAUUUUACCUGGAAGAUGUGUAUUUGAUUCUAGACCAUCUCACCCUGUGACUGUCAUUCUUCAGUGGCCACAUAACCUAUGGAGCCACAUCAUCCUUCUACUAGGCAAAUCUCCUAUCUUACAUGGCUGACUAUGAAACCGAAUGAAAGCCUGUCGUCGCUGAGGGACUGUUUUUGAAAAGCCUCCAUUUGUACACAUUUGCCUAAACAUAGUAUUGUACAGUUUUUUCAUUGUAACGAUUACUUUUAAAAAAA